CGCGCGAGAAACAUGAGCAAGGCCGAGGGACCGGCCAUCGGCAUCGAUUUGGGCACGACGUAUUCAUGCGUCGGCGUCUGGCAACACGACAGGGUGGAGAUCAUCGCGAACGACCAGGGGGCGCGAACGACGCCGUCGUACGUGGCGUUUACGGAUAGCGAACGCCUGAUCGGGGACUCGGCGAAGAAUCAAACCGCGAUGAACCCGAUGAACACGGUUUUCGACGCGAAGCGUUUGAUUGGACGCAAGUUUUCUGAACCGCAAGUGCAAGCGGACAUCAAGGAUUGGUCGUUCAAGGUCGAAGCCGGCGAGGCGGACAAGCCGAUGAUCGUCGUCGAGUUUCACGGCGAGAAGAAGAAGUUUUCCGCGGAGGAGAUUUCUUCCAUGGUGCUCGUCAAGAUGAAGGAAGUCGCGGAGGCUUACCUCGGUAAGGACAUUAAGAACGCUGUCGUCACCGUGCCGGCGUACUUCAACGAUUCUCAGCGUCAGGCGACCAAGGAUGCCGCCGUCAUCUCUGGUUUGAACUGCUUGCGCAUCAUCAACGAACCGACCGCCGCGGCGAUCGCUUACGGUCUGGACAAGCGCCACGAAGCCAACGGCGCUGAGAAGAACGUUUUGAUCUUCGAUCUCGGUGGAGGUACCUUCGAUGUGUCUUUGUUGACCAUCGAAGAAGGCAUCUUCGAAGUCAAGGCGACGGCUGGCGACACGCACUUGGGCGGCGAAGAUUUCGACGCUCGCUUGUUGCAGCACUUCAUCGCUGAAUUCAAGCGCAAGAACAAGAAGGACAUCACGGGCAACCCGAAGGCACUCCGUCGUCUCCGAUCUGCUUGCGAACGCGCCAAGCGUACCUUGUCUUCCACGGCGCAAACGUCCAUCGAAAUCGAUUCCUUGUUCGAAGGCGUCGACUUCUACACUUCCAUCACCCGCGCUCGCUUCGAAGAGCUCUGCAUGGAUUUGUUCCGCAAGUGCAUGGACCCGGUCGAAAAGACGCUUCGCGAUGCGAAGAUGGACAAGUCGCAAGUUCACGAGGUCGUCCUCGUCGGCGGAUCCACGCGCAUCCCCAAGGUGCAACAGCUCUUGUCCGAUUUCUUCAACGGCAAGGAUUUGUGCAAGUCCAUUAACCCCGAUGAAGCCGUCGCCUACGGUGCGGCCGUCCAAGCCGCUAUUUUGUCCGGCGAAGGCAACGAAAAGGUGCAAGACUUGCUCUUGCUCGACGUUUCCCCGCUCUCCAUGGGUCUCGAAACCGUCGGCGGCGUGAUGACGGUGCUCAUCCCGCGCAACACCACCAUCCCGACAAAGAAGGAACAAGUGUUCUCCACUUACUCCGACAACCAGCCGGGUGUGUUGAUCCAAGUCUUCGAAGGCGAACGCUCCCGUACGCGCGACAACCACUUGUUGGGCAAGUUCGAGCUCUCCGGCAUUCCGCCGGCGCCGCGCGGCGUCCCGCAAAUUAACGUUUGCUUCGACAUCGACGCCAACGGUAUCCUCAACGUGUCCGCCGAAGACAAGGGCUCUGGCCAAAAGAACAAGAUUACCAUUACCAACGACAAGGGUCGCUUGAGCAAGGAGGACAUCGAGCGCAUGGUCCAAGACGCGGAGAAGUACAAGGCUGAGGACGAGGAGCACAAGAAGAAGAUCGAAGCCAAGAACGCCGUCGAGAACUACGCGUACAACAUGCGCAACACCAUGAACGACACCAACGUCGGUGGCAAGUUGGAUGCGGACGACAAGAAGACGAUCGAAGACGCCGUCGAGGCCGCGAUCACUUGGUUGGACGGUAACCAAACCGCCGAAGUGGACGAGUUCGAGGACAAGCUCAAGGAAUUGGAGGGUGUGUGCAACCCGAUCAUCAGCAAGAUGUACCAAAACGCUAGCGGUGCUCCGGGCGCCGACAUGGGUGGUGCUCCGGGUGCUGAAGAUGCCGGUGGUGCCUCCUCUGGCCCGAAGAUUGAGGAAGUCGAUUAAGUCUUCUCCUCGCGAUUCCAUUUUUGAGUACUGAAACGAAACGUUGUUCCGCGCCCGUGGCGGAGUUUUAGCCAGGUUUGCCAGCUUAGGAUGCAAUCAACACAAUAUCCAUUCACUUAA